AUGAGUAAUACUAAUAAGAGAUAUCCAAAAGCAGUUGUAUUUGAUUUAGAUUAUACUUUAUGGCCAUGUUGGUGUGAUACCCAUAUAUACACCCCAAUUAAAUCACUAAAUAAUUCAACAAUAAUAGAUUCAAAUAAAUUCAAACUAUCGUUUUACAAAGAUGUUGAAAAAAUUAUAUUAGAAUUAAUUGAAAAUAAUAUUAUUAUAAUUGGAGCAAGUAGAACAGCAACACCAAGUGUUGCCAAAAAAAUUUUAUCAUUAUUAGAAAUAGGAGAUGAACCAGCUAUAAAUCAUUUUGAUUCAUUACAAUGGGGUCAAGGUACAAAGAUAAAUCAUAUAAGGAAAGCUGCAAAAGAAUUGGAUAUCGUAGAUGAGUUGAAAAAUGGAGAGUUUAUAUUGUUUGAUGAUGAGUCGAGAAAUAAAGAUGUUGAAAGUAUAAAUGUUCAUUUUGCUCAUAUAAAAGAUGAAUCAAGAGGACUUACAAUGGAAAUAUUUAACAAGGAAUUAAAGAAAUGGCAUGAAAAGUAUAAAUAA